AUGUCCUCCUCGGAAGACUCCUACGGGCCCGAAACGGUGCCCCCUAGCGCCCAACUAUCCCGAUCACCAACUCUGCGUGAUGAACCCCAGUUCCCUUCAUCUCACGACCCAAACCGCGCAGAUCUUUCUUACCCAGAGCAGACAACCGAGGUCGAAAAAUUUGGUGUCUCCGGAGAGUAUCGUCAGACCUCUCCGACUGGUCUUGUUCCUGCACCCUUCGAUGUCAUCAAGGGGAUAGCAGAGCAACACACCUCCCCUGUAUCGCCUUCUAGCUCAUCCUUAGAGAAAGGUCAAACCUCUAUCCAAUUAGUAGUAUGGAAAGAGAAUGACCCCGAAGAUCCUCGUAAUUGGUCGAAGGGGUACCGAUGGUACCUCACCACCUUAUUCGCUGGAUCUGUCCUUGCCGUUGCAUUCGGUAGCUCUGUCAUUACCGGCGACUUUAAAGAUAUAGAAGAAGAGUUCCAAAUCUCGGAAGUGGUCGCUGCUCUAACCGUUAGUUUAAUGGUUGUUGGAUUUGGUCUGGGUCCUCUCGUUUUUGGUCCCCUCUCCGAACUUUUUGGUCGGCGUCCACUAUGGAUAGCACCUAUGUUCCUCUACGUCAUAUUUAACAUUCCCGUGGCUCUUGCUAAAAACUUGGGAACACUUCUCGUUUCCAGGUUCCUUUGCGGUCUUUUUGCCAGUGCUCCAUUGACAUUGGCUGGCGGUGCUAUCUCCGAUAUUUGGGAUAACGAUGAGCGAGGUCUCGCUAUCGCUCUCUUUGCUGCUGCGCCUUAUGGUGGACCUGUCCUUGGCCCACUCGUUGGUGGCUUUAUUGGGGACAGUAUUGGAUGGCGUUGGAUCAUCUGGGUCAACAUGAUCUUCGCUGGUGUUGUCCUUCUCUUCCUCCUGACGGUGCCGGAGACGUUCGCGCCUGUCUUGCUACGCAAGCGAGCCCAAAGGCUUCGUCAGAAAGAGGGCAACAGCAACAUAUACACUCAACAGGAGCUUUCUCGCCCACCAUUCAGUGAACUCCUCAUCGACACGCUCGUUCGUCCAUUCACAAUGCUCGUCACAGAGCCUAUCCUUCUCCUUAUGUCGCUAUACAUCUCCGUCAUCUACGGUCUCCUUUACGGUUUCUUCUUCUCCUUCCCCGUCAUCUUUGGCGAAGGAUGGGGAUUUAGCGAUAGCAAAGUGGGCCUAACAUUCAUAUCCGUCCUGAUUGGAGUCGCAUUCGCGCUGCUCGUUACACCGCAACUCGAGAAAACAUAUGUGCGACGCCUGAGAGAACGAGGUGGCAAACCUUUGCCUGAGGAUCGAUUGGUUGGCAUGAUGAUCGGCGCUCCAUUCCCUGUAGUCGCACUGUUCAUGAUGGGCUGGACUUCGCCGCCAUACGUCGCGCCUCACGGCGGCAACUGGGUGGGACUCUGUGUCUCGGGUGUUCUUUUCGGAUUCGGCAUGGUUAUCAUAUACUUCUCUGCCAACGCGUACUUGAUCGACAGUUUCCCGUCUUAUGUUGCUUCCGUACUUGCAAGCAAGACUGUUGUUCGGAGUGGUAUGGGUGCCGCUAUCCCCCUUUUCAUUGUGCCAAUGUACCAUAACCUCGGUAAUGGUUGGGCAGCUUCUGUCUUCGCAUUCAUCUCCCUGGCAGUCAUGCCUAUCCCAUUUUUGUUCUACCGAUAUGGUGGUAUCAUCCGAGGAAAGUCAAAGCGUGCCGCUGCCGACUUGUAG